CAUAACCUGUUCACAUGUUCUGGAGUAGAGAAGAGAUGAGUAUUUUUCAGUGAUCAGUUCAACUACGCUAUCCUUAUCACGUUAUCAGUAAGAUUUUUCAAGUACCUUUACUUGAAAACCAUGUUAGUUUUAUUUAAUAAUGUGUGAAAGACUGUAUAUUUGGUUUAAUUUGUACUCAUCGUGCGGUUUGCAAGUGAAAUAGAACAUUUUAUAACUGUGGACAUAAUACUGUUAUUGACAAAAUAGAAGGAUUUACAAACGCCGGUUCUGUGAGAGUGGUUAUUUCUUCAAAUAAUAAUUGCACAUGAAAGAUAUAACUGAUUUCUACAUACUUAUCACCUAGGUGCUGUACGUUAGAGAGUUGAGAGAGAUGAACAGAAUCGCGUAGAGUGGUGAAGAGUGAGAGGGGUGAAGAGUGCUGAAGGUAUGGCUGGUGAUGGUGUGACCGAGGGGGGUGAACUCCCCCUGCAGGCCAACGACCCCCAUGCGCUGCUCGCCCUCUAUGCCAGUCUCAACGACAUGAAUGGAAACACCGUACAAAUCAAAAUCAACAAAUAUGUGGAGAAAUGUACUGGUGCCAUGUGCACUCUGAUGAUUCAGCUGUGGAAGGGGGAGAAGGAGGGCGUUGUCCAGGUUUAUGGAUCUCUACCUCUCGAACAAGAAGUUCGCUUUCCUAUCACGAGCUGGGCUCUGAAGAGUGUGCUGGAGGAGAAGUGCUGCUACUGUACACCCUACCAGAAGCUGGACGAAGGAUUGGUGGAUGUGAUCAGGAGGAAGACGGCAGAGAGCGCUCACAGCGUGCUGGUGCCCAUAGUCAAUGCAGACGGCGUCGUCGUCCUCGUCAUCUGCCUCCUCUUCCAGCAGGAACAGAGCAAACCUGCACAGAGUCGGCAUCAAGCCAUCGUCACUGAGUGUUUCAGGUAUUUCUAUAAACAAAACAACAUUACUUUUCAAAACUAUCCAAAAACAUUAAAUUCUCUCAUAAUAUUAAUUGUUUUGUUUAAAGGUGAUGUGAGAGACCUCAUAAAAGAAAUUGUAUGUGAGGCCUGCAAAUUAACAAAAGCAGAAAGCUGUUCAAUGUUUUUAUUAGAUGACAAAGGAUUCCUAGUAGCCAAAGUGUUCGACGGCAAAGAACCAAAAGAGGAGGUGAAAUUGAAAGCGGAGCAAGGUGUAGCGGGGCAUGUGGCUUCAACCGGAAAACUCAUCAAUAUUCGUGAUGCGUACUCCCAUCCGCUUUUCUAUAAUGCUAUCGACCAACAAACUGGGUUUAGAACAAGGAAUAUACUGUGCUUUCCGAUAAUAAACAAGGACAAGGUGAUUGGUGUGGUUGAGCUGUGCAACAAGAAGGAUGGCUACCACUUUGAUGUGUUUGACGAGGAAGUGGCCAUGGCUUUCAGUGUAUAUUGUGGCAUCAGCAUAAUGCACAGUCUGGUCUACAAGAGAGUGCAGGACGCGCAGGCGCGCAACAAAUUGUCCAACGAACUGAUGAUCUAUCACAUGAAGGUUGCUGAUGAAGACGUCAGACAGUUGACCAACUGUCGUGAAGAUCAUAUUCUAGCCUUUCCUGAAUUCUUCGAUUUUUCCUUUCCUACUCGAACUAUACCAAGGAAAGUGACAGUCCAUAUUGCAUUUCAGAUGUUUGAAGUUCUAGGGUUUGUGAAACGAUUUCAGAUUGACCGAGACCAUCUCGCUAAGUUCCUGUUGUAUAUACAAAGAGGCUACAGAGACACGCCCUAUCACAACUGGGAUCAUGCGUUCUCUGUCUUUCAUCUCCUUUGCCUUCUCCUUAGGAAUUUGAACCUAAUUGAAAAAGGUCAUCUAACGUGGGUGCAAGGGCUGGCACUGGUGGUGUCGGCCGUCUGCCAUGACAUCGACCACCGCGGCACCAACAACCAGUUUCAAAUGGCCUCCGGAACCAUCCUCGCCAGUCUCUACAGCUCCGAGGGCUCUGUCAUGGAGAGGCAUCACGUCUCGCAAACCAUGUGCAUCCUAAACACUGAAGAUUGCAAUAUUGUCAGUCAUCUAAAUGAACAGGAAUAUAAGUCAUUCAUUGAUCUCGUAUCACGUCUAAUCAUAGCUACAGAUUUGUCGAACCACUUUCGGGUGAUCGACAGCCAGGGAGCGAUGGCGAGAGAGGGCUAUGACCCGACCAACAGCCAGCACCGCGAGCUGCUGCUGCAUCUGCUCAUGACGUGCGGCGACCUCUGCGAUCAGAUCAAGCCCUGGGAAGCCUGUCACAAAGUCACUGUCAGUACAACUCAACUACAUUCUAAUUUCCGAUAUUUUUACUUUGAAAAACUGUUUAUUCUACAAAAACGAAAUACUAGAGCUAGGGCUUUGUUCUAUGUGUAUAGUCAUAAAGCUUUCAAUUAAUCACGAUUAAUUCAAUUAUAUGAUGAUAUUGAUGUGCUCGAAAUGAAUUAACACUGAUAUAACAUGCUGGCAAGAAAGUCUCAAUAGGUUUUAAGCAUCUAAUAAUAAUAUUGUAUGUGGGUUUCAUGGUUCACUAGUUUCUGCUCAUUUUUAUUUUUAUCUUUAAACAUGAAUUAACUAUUUGAAGUAUACUAUAUGUUACUACCAAAUUACCUUUAUCAGAAUUGAAUCCAAAUCAAAAUAUUAAAUCUAGCAUUGCACCUCUCAUCAACAUCAUAAUUCAUGUUUGUUUGUUUGUUGCAUUGAGAUGCCUCUAUUGUCAUAGAUUUCUAUAGGGAACAAUUUGUUUUUUUAAUUAAACCAUCUAGGAAAGUUGAUAGAUUAACUAUCCAAUAAUCCAUUCAUUAGAAAUUCAGAUCUUGAAAACCCUUGAACCCUCCCAUAUUAUCAGGAAUAAUGUAUUUGGAAAAGUUCAUCUACAUCUUGAAUUUCCUAAACCGUCUUGACAUGCGAUAAAUCCGCUUCAAUAAUAAUAUUCAACAUGUUGUGUUCCAGGAUUUUGUGUCAGCUGUAUCCAGAGCAAACUCAACGUUGUCUGAAGAUGAUCGAAGCCAACCGAGAGCAUUGGGAAGGAAACUGCUGAAUUUGCUAACAGUAAUAGAAGUUGCUGAAAUUUUAUAUCGAAUUUUACGGACAACUUGUAACAGUGCAAGGAAGAUUUUGAUGUUGAUAGGUUCUAUAUAAUAUGUACAAGUAAUAGAAGAAAUAUAUGUCAUUUAGUUAAUUCCAUAGAAAAAUUGAGAGUAGGAGGCAUUUGCUGAUCAUGUGUAUUAAUCUCGUAUAAUGUUUAUUAGUAUUUAAGAAAUGAUAGAUUUCGACUAGUUGUGCAUGAAUGCCAUAUAACUCAUCAUUAUUUGAAAGCUCAUAGACUGUCAUGGGUUUCACUAUCACGAAU